AUGGGGAAAACUAUGAUGCUGAUCUCAUCGAUGCAGCUCAAGGGCGUGUCCUCGCUGAGGAGGGUGUGUAUCUCCCGAGCUCCCCCGCUCAUCUUGCUCGGGGGGGAGGAGGUGGAGGAUGGAGCUCAGGGACCCAGAGAAAAGGGUCGCAUGCGAUUCCACCGGCUCCAGAAUGUCCAGAUCGCCCUGGACUUCCUCAAACAGAGACAGGUCAAACUGGUGAACAUCCGGAACGAUGACAUCACAGACGGCAACCCCAAGCUGACACUGGGCCUCAUCUGGACCAUCAUCCUGCACUUCCAGAUCUCAGAGAUCUACGUGAGCGGUGAGUCAGGGGACCUGACGGCGAAGGAGAAGCUGUUGUUAUGGAGCCAGCAGGCCUCCGAGGGCUGGCCUGGCCUCCGCUGUACCAACUUCUCCUCCUCCUGGCGCGACGGGCGCAUGUUCAACGCCCUGCUCCACCGAUUCAGGCCAGACCUGAUUGACAUGGAGGUGGUGGCGCAGCAGAGUAACCUUGACAACCUGGAGCAGGCCUUUGAGAUCGCCGAGUCGCUAGGGGUGACCAGACUACUGGACGCUGAAGAUGUGGACGUUUCGUCUCCAGAUGAGAAGUCGGUCAUCACGUACGUCUCCUCCAUCUACGAUGCCUUCCCCAAGAUCCCAGAGGGAGGAGAGGGCAUCGCCGCACACGAGGUGGAUCACCGCUGGGCAGAGUACCAGUCUCGUUUCUCCACGCUGCUCCAGUGGAGCCGGCAGCACACGGCACUCAUGGCCAACAAGAACUUCCCACUUAACCCUGUGGAGCUCAAGGCACUUUACAAUGAGUACGUCCAUUUCAAAGAGACGGUGAUCCCUGCCAAGGAGCUGGAGAAGAGUGGCGUUGAACACCUCUACAAACUGUUGGAGGUAUGGAUGGAGUUUGGGCGCAUCAAGCUGCCCCUGGGCAUGCACCCCAACGACCUGGAGGAGGAGUGGGGCAAGCUGAUCCUGGAGAUGCUGGAGAGAGAGAAGGCCCUGCGGCCCGCUGUGGAGAGACUGGAGUUAUUGCUGCAGAUGGCCAAUAAGAUCCAGAACAUGGCCCUGGACUGUGAGGAGAAGCUCACCCUGGCCAAGAACACACUGCAGGCCGACAUGUCCCAGGUGGAGAGUGGCGAGGCGGUGCGUUGUGAGAGGGAGCUGGGUUUGUACCUGCAGGACUGUGAGGUUCUGAUCAGACGGCUCAACGUGGACCUCCACGUCCUCCGAGACCAGAAAUACUACCAGGUGGAGCAGCUCGCCUUCAGAGUGUCCUGUCUACACGAGGAGCUGGUCUCUCUCCGGCUCCAGUGCUCCAGCAUCUACAGGAAGGGUCACUUCUCCCCGGUGACGGGGGGAGACCGGACGGCCCCGCGGGGGAGCGACAGUGGUCUCUCCCUGUCCACGGGGGCCCAGACCCUACUGGGGGCAGUGGGGGUGAUGGGGGCAGCCCUGCUCAGGAGACCCAUGUCCCGCUCUCAGCUGGUGGCCAUGUCAUCCUCGGAGGACGAGGGGAGUCUCCGGUUCGUCUAUGAGCUCCUGGGAUGGGUGGAGGAGACACAGGACGUGCUGGAGCGGGCCGAGUCGGGGGCGGACCUGCCCUCUGUAGAGCAGAACCUUCAGGACCACCAGAACAUCCACACUGCCGUGGAGGAGCUGCUGCACAGCCUGAAGGAGGCCCGCAACUACGAGACGAAAGUCUCUCGUAACUUCAGGAGCAAUUAUUCUGACACUCUGGCCAAGCUGGAGCAGCAGUACUGCAAACUACUGGAAAACUCAUCGUGGCGUAUGCGCUGCCUGGAGAGCCUGCAUGCGUUUGUGUGUCGCUGUACAGAGGAGCUGAUCUGGCUCAACGAGCGAGAAGAGGAGGAACUGGCCUACGACUGGAGCCACAACAAUACCAACGUCAACGCCAAGAGAGAUCUAUACGCCGAAAUGAGGUCAGAGCUGGAGGAGAAACAGGAAGUGAUGCACUCGCUGCAGGAAACGGCCGACCGGCUCUGUCAGGAGAACCACCCGGCCAAACAGACAGUGGAGGCGUACAGUGCAGCGCUGCAGACCCAGUGGCAGUGGGUACGCCAGCUGUGUGUGUGUGUGGAGCAGCAUCUCAAAGACAAUACUGCCUACUUCCAGUUUGUGAGUGACGCACGGGACUGCGAGACGUACCUGCGUCAGCUCCAGGACACCAUAAAGCGACAGUACACCUGUGACAAGGACAGCAGGCUGGGCAAGCUGGAGGACCUGCUGCAAGACUCUAUGGAGGAGAAGGAGCAGCUGAUUGAGUACCGCAGCUCUGUGGCCAGCCUGAUGGGCCGGGCCAAGACGGUGGUGCAGCUCCUCCCCCGCAGCGCCGAGAGCACCCUGGGAAGCACCACGCCCAUCCGCGCCAUCUGUGACUACCGGCAGAUAGAGAUCACCAUCAGCCAAGGUGAGGAGUGUGUGUUGGAGGACAACUCUCAGAGGACUAAAUGGAAGGUGAUCAGCCCCAGUGGGAAUGAGGCCAUGGUGCCGUCAGUCUGCUUCACCGUACCACCGCCCAACCAGGAGGCCAUGGACACCGCCAGCAGGAUGGAGCAGCUGUACCAGAACGUGAUGUCUCUAUGGCACAAUCUACACGUCAGCAUGAAGAGUGUGGUCUCCUGGCACUACCUGCAGAAAGACAUCAGGACCGUCUCCUCCUGGAGCCUAGACACGGUACGUUCCCAGACCCCUGUGGCCAGGGACCAGGCUCUGAACCAUUUGGAGGCCCACCUGGCUGACUUCCUCUCUGACAGCAAAGAGAGCGCCCUCUUCAACCCCGCUGAGAGACGCGAGCUGGAGAGAGAUGCCCACACCGCCCAGGAACACUGCCAGGACCUGCUGGUCAACAUGGAGACAGUGGAGAAGGAUGAGUCUGUCUCUCGGUCCUACCUGUCAGAGCUCCAGAACAUUAAACUGCGUCUGGAGGAGGCGGAGCAAAAGCUGAUGCGCGGCAUUCAGACUCCACCCCCUAGCAACCUAUCGGGCAACAGCGUCGACAACACUGUUCAAAUUGCAGAGCAAGAGAAGCUGCAGUCGGACCUGGAUGGCCUGCGGACCAGUCUUGGUGAGGUGUCGCGUCGCUGUGUGAGUUUCUUUGAGGAGAAGCCCACCUCCUCCACUGUCCCCAUGCUGCGCUCUGAACUCAACCUGGCUGUGGAGAAGAUCGACAGACUACACAACCUCUCCUCUGUCUACCUGCGCAAGCUGAAGACAGUGGAUGUGCUGAUCCACAGCUUGCAGGCCGCAGAGAUCCAGGUGAAGAGGUACGAGAGCAGGCUGAGUGAGGAGGACAUCGUCCCGGCAGACGCCAACGCAAUUCAGGCCCUACGGGAACAACUGGGGACGUGGCAGUCGGAGCUUGAGGACCAGGAGGGGGUGUUGAGCUCCCUGCAGUCGGGGUUGCAGAAGGCCCGGGAGACGGGGACUCAGCUGAACAGGCUCCACCCAGACCGCAGCCCGGAGCUGGAGCACUACCAGGAGAAAGCCGCCCAGCUCACUGAGAGGUGGGCCGGAGUCAAGAGACAGAUGGACACACGGCGAGCUGAACUAGAGGCUCUGGGCUCGGUCCUGCAGCACUACAGAGACGGCCACUCUGCUCUGAUCCACUGGAUAGAGGAGACCACUGAGAGACAGGAGAACACUCAGCCUGGACAGACUGACAGCAGAGUCCUGUCUGAACAACUGGCAGAACAAACGGCAUUAGUAGCCGAGAUCGAAAAGAACCAGACCAAACUAGACGAGUGCCAAACCCACUCCAAACAGUACUGCACCUCUGUCAAGGACUACGAGCUACAACUGAUGACAUUCAAAGCCUUUGUGGAGUCGACCCAGAAAUCCACUGUUAAGAGGAGGAGGAUGCACUCUUCAUCAGACGCCAUCACGCAGGAGUUCAUGGACUUGCGCACACGCUACACAGCCCUGGUUACCUUGACGACGCAACACGUCAAGUACAUCAGCGAUGCACUGAGGAGACUAGAGGAGGAAGAGAAAGAGGUGGAGGAGGAGAGGCAGCAGAGGGUAGACCAGGUGUCAGAGCUGCUGGGCUGGGUCAAUGGCCUCCAGGGCGCCUCCGCCGAGUCAUCCAUCGCGGCGCAGCAGGCUGUCGGUGAGCAGUUAGCGGCUAAGAAGGAAGAGGUGGCUCAGGCGAUCAGGAACACCCAAGUCUUCCUGAUGUCUAAACAGGCCAGCAAGUUGUCCCCAGAGGAACGUGUCCAGGUGACCUCCCAGCUGGAUGAGCUGACGGCCACCUACAGCCAGCUGUGUGACCGUUCCACCGCCCGACUGCAACAGCUGGAGCAAGAGCAGGCCAAAGAGGAGCAGAGAAAGAGCCAAGCUGCCAUUGGCGGAGUUAUUGACCUGGGCACCAUGGAAACUGUCCCAGUCUUCCAAGCUGCUCAGCGUGGCCUCAUUGAUCAGGACACCUGCCAUGUCUUAUUGGAGGCCCAGCUCACCAUGGGUGGGUUAUUUCAUCCUGUCUCCCCUGUGAGCCUAUCACUGGAAGAGGGCUUCAACUGUGGCCUGAUUAAUAGUAUCAUCAGCCAAUCCCUAGCAGAGCUGGAGAGUGCCUUGCAUCUUGUCGACCAGACAGAACAACUGGAGGGCCAGCUCCUCCCAGUGGCUGCAGCCAUGGAGGAGGGCCUUAUCAGAGAGGAGUUGGGGCUGCGUAUCCUGGAGCUGCAGAUGAACACAGGAGGCCUGAGGGAGUUGGGAGGAAGAAGACUAACCUUGGAUAGUGCUGGAGAGAUGGGCCUGCUGACCCCAAGGGUCUACACCAAGCUCAGGUCACGGGUCAAUCGGCGGGAGCUCGUUGACCCUAACACAGCCGAAAAGCUGAAUCUGUCUGAAUUGCAGCAGCGCUGCGUCCUCAGCGAUGAGACCGGCUUGCAUUUGCUGCCAGUCAAACAGCAGCCAGGAGGCACCGUCUGCCUCGCUUCCGGCAGGAAGGUUGGGAUCUUCCGUGCUGUCCAAGAGAAUCUGAUUGACAGGCAAGUUACGGUGAGAUUGCUGGAGGCCCAGCUAUUUGCAGGUGGGAUCGCUGACCCCCGUACAGGACGCCGCCUGACUGUGGAUGAGGCUGUGCGUCACAAUCUGAUGGACCAGGACCUGGCCUGUGCCAUGCUGACCCGCCAGCUGCAGAGUGGUGGGAUACUAGACCCUGUAAGUGGGGAGCGCCUAGGGUUGGAGGAAGCAAUCCAGAGGGACCUGCUCUCACCUCGUCUGGCCCUGCUGGUGCUCGAGUCCCUCUGGGCUUUUAUGGGGAUGCUCUGGCCUGAGUCAGGGGAGCUGCUGCCCAUUGCAGAGGCUCUACAACAAGGGGUCAUCUCGGGAGAGCUGGCUCUGAACAUCCUGAGACAACGCCACACGAUAGGUGCCCUGUACCUUCCUGAAACCCCCAAGGUUGUGUCCCUGAAUCAGGCUAAGGAGGUCCUUGAACCCAAAGUGGCUGAGAUUUUGAAAGAGAUUCAGAUCCCAGAUGUGCUACACAACAUGAACCAGUCAGGCUCCCCAAAACUAAAUCGCCUAAGCUGGGGCUCCACUGGGUCAUCCCCUCCCUCCUCGCCACCUGCCUCUUCCCCAGAGCACACAUGUGUCCCCUCAUUUCUGGAGGAGAUGGCCCCUGAGGAGCAGGCACAUCACCGCCUGCUUUUCCAUUUAAUGACCCACAGUUAUAUAGAUGCCCAUUCUGGCCAGCGCUUAGUGUUGCUCGAGCCUGAGCUGGUGGAACUUGUCAAGGCUGCUACUGGUCUGAUCAAUGUGGAUCCUAUUCCUGGAGUGGUUGAGGAAGGGUUGACUUUGACUUCAGAAAGACAGGAGUUUAUGGAAGUAGUGCCAAUUGUAAGUUUGGCAGAUAAUCAGCAGACAAGGGAAAUUGGAGAGGUCCAGGAAAAGAGAAAAUUCAGCUUGUCUGAAAAAUAUAUUUCCUCCAGAAAGAUGGUAGAAGAAGCUGAUAGUCAAGGAUGGGAUGGUACACCUGACAUGAUAUUGCAGGCUAAGCAAACUGGAAUUAAGGAGAUGGGACAGGUAGACCUUGACUCAACCAUGAGAAUAAGUGAGGAGGUAGAUCGAGGUGUACAUAGAGAAGUAAAAAGUGAAAAGGAGGAAAUUGUUAUUUUUGAAAGUGUCAAGCCCUCAGCUGGACUACCAGAAAAGCAAUUAAUUACAGACUCGUAUGAAGAGGGGCUGGUAGAGAUUGAAUCAGAGGGAGCAAGAGAUAGAAGUCACAAAAAGACAAAGGAUAAGGACUCACUCAUGGAAGACAUUGACGGUACACUUGUUGAAGCCUCAGAAAUGUACUCAACCCCAUUUAAGACCGAGGCAGAGACUCUGAUGCCAACCCAAUCUGAUGCCAACCCUAUUCCACCAUCAGAGACUAAUGAAAAUGAGAGCAUGCCUGUGAGUGUUGGAGUUAAACAUACUAUGAAGGAUGCUCAGAGGGUCACAGUGAAGACCCCACCCCAGGUUAUGAGUUUAGAGGCAGCAGCAGUGAAGAGUGAGGAUGAUGUUGAGCUGGAAAGGUUGACCUCAGAGCUUCACCAAGGGGGUCUACUGAUGGAAGGAGGGCAGCGGCUUCUCCCAGAUGAAGCCGUGGCUCAGGGGGUCCUCCCUGGACACACUGCAGUCAAGCUGAUGGCCAAGGCAGGACUUUUCGGAGGUUUCCUGGAUGUCAGUGCAUGCGAAUCUCUGAGCAUGGAGGAUGUGAUGCAGGAGGGUCUGCUUGACGAAGACCUGAUGUGGAGUGUGCUGAAAUCAGAGAAGACCCUGGCAGGGGUAGUGGAUGUAGAGAAGCGGAAGAUUUGUACUCUGAAGGAUGCUGCUCGGGCAGGCCUGAUAGACUCCAACACAGCUGCUCGGCUUCUGGAGGCUCAGGUGGUCUCAGGGGGAGUGGUUGACCUGCGGAGGGAUAAGAAAGUGUCUGUUACCCUGGCAGCCAACCUUGGGCUGAUAGAGGAGGACCAACGAGAGAAGCUAGUUGCGUUGGAGAAGUCAUACCGUGGAAAAUACUCAGACCCAGAUUCAGCGCUAACCAAAGCAACGUUGCAGCUGCAAAUGGAUGGGGUUGUCGAUCCCAAAACGAAGUCACCUGUUUCCCUAAAGCAAGCCCUUGAAAGAGGUUUGCUUGGGCAGGAGGAAGUCUAUCAAGCCUUGUCCCAGCAAGUGGCAGAGGGUGGCAUCGUGCAUCACAACUCUGGAGUUAGACUGUCAGUUGCUGAUGCUUUGCAGCGAGGUUUGGUAGACCGUGCCAUAGCCCCAGAACUGGGGGAGUUAGAGAGAGCAUGUCAGGGGGAAGUCGCCCUCUCUUCAAACCCAGAUGCUGCCCUCCUCCAGGCGUCCACAGGUGCCAUUUUGGACCCUGAUUUAAAGUGUAGACUUACAUUGACAGAGGCUGUCUCCGAUGGUCUGCUCGAUGAGAGCACUGCCAAGAAAGCAAUGGUUUCUCCAGGGGUAACACAAGGUUUGUUGGAUCCACAAAGUGCCCAAAUUGUGCCGUACUCAGACCUUGUAAACCAAGGCAAGAUUGACAUUAAGAGCGGAAAGCGCUUCUUGGAAGUGAAGCCUUUCAAGGGAAUCCAGGAUAAGCAAACAGGUGAAAUCCUGAAUUUAGCUGAAGCAAUUGCAUCUCAACAAGUUGAUCCGGUCCCAGCACUCAGAAUGUUGCAAAGCCAGGCAGACACUGGAGGGAUUAUUGAUAUUUCCAAUGGAGCUAGGCUCCCUCUGCCUAAAGCCUCUAAGAAAGGGCUGGUGGGAGAACAUAUGGCCAGGCUCAUUGCCACCAACCAGGUUCUGAAAGGGGGCUUGUUUGACCCUUCCACAGGGCAGAGAGUCUCUAGCCUGAAAAAAGCUGUCAAAGAUGGGCUUAUAUCCAGAGAAAUGGCUGCAGAACUCCAGGGCAACUUGGGCUCCAUGGAAGUAGAAUGUGACGAUGAGGAUAGUUCAACACCCAUUGCCUCUUCAAAUGGGACCUAUAGUCCUGCAGUCACAUUAUCAAUAUCCAGUCCAGACAGCCAAACCAAAAUAAUUAUUGAAAGUUCUGAAGUUAUUUCUCCAUCCCCACAUCCAGAAGAGUCAGAAAAGGGUUAUAACCCUUUAAUGAUCACAGAGGACAUUGUAAAGACUCUAGAAGCCGGAACGUUCAAGCAGUCAGAAGAUCUGCAACACCAUGGCUCUGUACACAUUGAAGAAGAAAUGGAAGAUGAACAGGUCUCAAUAGCCGGGAAGUCAUUGGAAAUUGAGUCGGACCAGUCAAUCAAUUUGUUAGCUCAGUUUGCAAUCAAUGCGAAGAAAAGGGUUCAGCAGGCCCUUCAGGAGAUGGAGACUCCGCAAGAUGUUACUGUUCGACCACCAGAAAAUGAUAACAAAAAGGGGUCUAGACCUGUGGGCGAAAGUAGUUCAGUCACGCAGAAGGGGCAGUCUGCUAUGGGCAAAGAACCACGAAUGGACUCGACAGGGGCCAUUGGCAGAGAAGGUAGGGAUCAACAGGGCAGCAUAGACAUUUCUACACUAGUUGAGAGAUAUGAAGGGAAGACAAAUGUGGCAGAAGACAGUACUGAGAGCGUGGUGGAGCAAGGUAGAGUGGAGGUUGAGAGGGACACAAAGAUUGAGGUCACAGAGCGUGAUGAUCUUGGACAUGCAUCACCCCCUUCCAAGGAGGCCGAAGGUAAGAGCAAAAAGAAGAGGAAGAAUAAGAAGAAAGGAAAAGGGGAGGUUGACAUUGAGCAAAGACCCUCAGAAAAAGCUGAUAUUCAGAAAACGGAAAACAAAGACCAGAAUGUACAGUCAGAGGGUAAGGAUAAGGGUAUUGAGUCCACCAGAGGUUAUGUUACCCCACAGGAGAAAGAGGAGUCCCUUGUGCAAGAUGUUCAAUCUGCACUUGGAAGUGCCAAGGCACAUUCUGUUGAGAGGUUUGGAGAUCCAGAAGAUAUUGGCAAAGUAAGGGAAGGUUCUACUGUUCCGCUAGGAGCCAUAGAAGAUGCUCUUGAGGUAGAGAGCGAUGGUACAGAAGAGUAUAAGGUCUUCGAGGACCAAAGACGGGUGGAGAAGAACAAAACGUCUAAGAUACCUAUGGCAUCAGAGAAGGUUGAACCUGUGACAGAGGAGAUACCAUCCAUCCAUGAUAAAGCAGAUUCUGAAGUGACAGUAACGAAGGGUGUUCUCGACAGCUUGGACAAAAAGUCUAAGAUACCCAUAGUAGCAGAAAAGGUUGAAUCUGUGGCAGAUGAGCAAUCGUCCAUCCAUGAAAGAGUAUCCAUUCAUAAUAGAGUUUCUAAGGAUGAGCAAAAGCGGGAAGGCGAGCAGAUUGUGGGAAAGAGUGAUUCAGAUGGGGAGAAGACGGUUUCUCAACAGACUGGACAACAGGAGCAUAAGGAUGGAAAAGAGGUGGAAUUCACUCUGAAAACCCACCAGGCAGUAAAUGACAAAGAGGCCCUUUUACGGAAGGCGAAAGAGAGUAUCCUGAGGAAGGUGUUUGGGCGAGGUGUUAGUGAGAAGCAAGCUGCAGAUGAGCUAGAGGCACUGCGUCAGGGAGUGGGGAAGAAGGAGAGUUUGGUGACAUCUGUAGAGGAAGUUAAGACUGUGGUGAGUCCUGAGGUUUCACCAGAAGAGAGUAAAGGAAUUGACAAGAAGGAAGGAGAAAGAGAGAAAGUUCUGCCUGGCCAUUCUAUGAUUCCUGUAGCAGCAGAGGAAGUGGAAAAAGCUCUGUCAUACCAGGUUAAAGGAGGAAGGAAAGGGGAGAAAGUUUUACUAGACCAGGCUAAAGAAGGAGAGAAAGCUCUGCCAUACCAGGCUAGAGGAGGAGAGAAAGCUCUGCCAUACCAGGCUAGAGGAGGAGAGAAAGCUCUGCCAUACCAGGCUAGAGGAGGAGAGAAAGCUAUGCCAUACCAGGCUAGAGGAGGAGAGAAAGCUCUGCCAUACCAGGCUAGAGGAGGAGAGAAAGCUCUGCCAUACCAGGCUAGAGGAGGAGAGAAAGCUCUGCCAUACCAGGCUAGAGGAGGAGAGAAAGCUCUGCCAUACCAGGCUAGAGGAGGAGAGAAAGCUCUGCCAUACCAGGCUAGAGGAGGAGAGAAAGCUCUGCCAUACCAGAAAGUUCUACCAGACCAGGCUAGAGGAGAGAAAGAGGAGAAAGUUCUACCAGACCAGGCUAGAGGAGGAGAGAAAGUUCUACCAGACCAGGCUGGAGAAGGAGAAAAAGUUCUACCAGGCCAAGCUAAAGGAGAUAAAGAGGAGAAUGUUCUACCAUCUCAAACAGACCAGCUUAAAGAGAUGAUGCCGGGAAAGAAAAAUAAGAAGAACAAAAAAUCUAAGAUGCAUAAAGUGGUAGAAAAAGUUGAACCUGCGACAGAGGAGAAGCCAUCCAUCCACAAUAGAGCAGAUUCUGAAGUGAAAUCCACCCCGGCUGAUCUAGAGAGCUCAGUCUCUGGGGAGGAGCAGAAGAUUGAGAAGCAGCAAGACAAUAAAUCAGACGGUGAUGUGACAACGGUGGCAAGUGGUGAGGAGCUGAACAAAAUGGCUGCCUCUACCCAGAGUCUUAGUGGAGUUGACACCAAUCAACAAAGAUCAACCCACACCACUACACUGUACCAAAUCAAUGCACACCUUGAGGAGAAAACUAAGGAGGAUAUUUCUUUGAGGAGAGAAAUUGACCCACAUGGCAAGGAAAUUGAACAAUUUAGGAUUGGUACACCUGAGAAGGAUGUCCACCCAGACACCCAUCGUGUUAUUGACGUUGUGGAUGCCUCUCCUGAAGCCCUUGUAUCCAUGUCAGGUGCCCACCUGGUCAAGGCCUCUGUGGCUCCAGGUACCCAGACUGCUAAGACCACAGAGGAAACUGAUGCACAUCUGGUGAAAGAUACUGAGGAGGACCGGUGUCCGAGCAAACAAACUGAUCUUCCUGGCAAGGACAUUGAACAACUAAGAAUUAGUACACCUGAGGAGGCAUUUUUGGCACCUGCUACCCAGCCAGCUAAAACUACUGGCAAAGGGAAGAAAAAGAAAACGAAACAGCAGGAACAACAGCAGGAGCAGAAACUUGACAGUCCCACUGAAAUUGAGUGUAAAGAGGAACAGUCCCUUGAGGAGUCCACAGAAUCAGGACAGUCCUGGUCUGACGAGACCCCACAGUCUGAUGCAAAUGAGAUUGUUGAGUCUGAUACAACAGAGAGCUGGGAGGAGGAGGAGGAUGGAGAAAUCCAAGAAUUGGAGAUAAGGAAAGAGAAGAGCCCAGCUAAGAUGGGAAAGUCCUCGUUGCUCCGCCAGGAAUUCCUGGAACAUGACCAGCAAAUUGUGGCUCUGCUCUCUAUGGUGAGACACAUCGAGGUUCGCCUCAAGCAGCAGCAGCAACAGUCGAUUGGUCGCAGCCUCAUUGCCCUUGAUGACAUCAUCAAACAGACAGAGACCUUGGAUCUAGAACUUCGGGAUUUAGAAUCCCAGGUCAAAAAGGAAGUGGAUGCUGCUGGGCAGCUGCUGGAGCCCCGCCCACAGGAAGUACCACCUCAGCUACUAUUGGCCUUGGAAAAGGAUGGGCGAAGCUUAGCUCGAGGUUACGAAGCCGCCAGAGGGGUUUCAGAAAACAUCCUGCAGGGGAUGCGCGCACACAGAGAGGCACAUAAGGAGGCAGUGACUGGGGAACAGAAGUCACUUGGAGGGCGAGUAGAGGAUCUUCUCUUCUGGCUGAAGGAGACUGAGGCACAAAUUACAGGAAUGGAUGGGCAAACCCAGGGCGAGACUCCUUCUCAGCGCACACAACAGCUCCAGCUAUGCAAGGAGUUGCAGUCGUCUCUCUCGGCACGCUCCAAUGACGUCAACGCGCUUGCCUUUGACAUCCAGGUGUUCAUCUCGGAGCGUGCUCAGGACCUGGCUCCAGAACAGAGCAGGCACCUCCUUGGGCAGCUACAACAGCUCCAGAGGGGCUUCCACCGAGCCGCUGGCCAAGCCCACGCCAAGACCGACGCCCUCGCCGCCCGGAGAGAGAGGGAGGAGGAGAGGCAGCGCAGACGCGAAGAAAAGGAAGAGGAAGAGGAGGAGAGAGAAAGGGAGGUGGUGCAGCAGCAGAAAGCAGAGUGCUCACAAAAAUUGGAAGGCCUUACAAUGUGGUUGGCCGGAGCUGCUAGCGUGCUGGCCAAUCAAAGAGCGGGAGCAGAGUCGGGUGACGUGAAUGUGCUGCAGCAGAAACGGAGCGAGCUGAAGGAAGUACAGAAGGACCUGCAGACCAGAGGCGAGGGCGUGGCGGAGACCAUCCGCUCGGUGGAGGAGUUCCUGGCGGAGCACGGUGACAGCCUGAGUCCAGAGGACAGGGCCAACCUCCAGGGGGCACUCUCCCGUAUGAAGGAGCAGUACAGUGCCCUGACGGACACGGCCUACUCCUCCCUGGCCCAGCUGGACACAGCCAUCAGCACCACCGUCCAACAGAACACACAGAGGGCGAAGGCAGUAGAGGAGCUGCAGGAGACGCGGUGUCAGAUCGACUCGCUGCUAGAGGAGCUCUCCUCCCUGAACCAGCCUGGGAAAAGAAGAACUGGCAUGACUGUUACUGACCACCCCUCCUCGCCAGAGGGAAGACUACAAUCACACAGCGACAUGCUCCAGGCGGAGCUCCAGCAGCUCCAGGCCCAGCAGGCACAGCUGAUGCAGGUGUCCCAGAACGCUCGCUCCCUCCUGGACCAGCCCGACUCGGCCGUGCCAGCCGAGGAGAAACGGCGUCUGCGGGACCAGCUAGACCAGCUCCAGACCCAACACCAGGAGAAGCUGCGGUCCUGCCAGGAGAGGCUGAGGCGCUCGGAGGCCCUUAAGGACGAGCUGGCCAAGUUCCUCCAGGAGAACGGAGGCCUGGGGACCUGGCUGGAACAGAGUGAGGGGGAGCUGUGUUCCCUGGGGGAAGGAGAGACGGACGCGCAGGGCCUGAAGGGGAGACUGGAAGAGCACAAGAAGCUGGCGGAGGAUGUGAUCUGCCACAAGGCAGACCUGCGCUUCGUGUCCAUCUCGGGUCAGAAGGUGCUGGACUCCUUCCAGGGGGCUCUGGAGAAGGUAGGAGGGUCUGACCCAGCCCUGGAGGAGACCAGGCAGCUGGUCACUGACAAGCUACAGGACGCCAACCACCGCUACACCGCGCUGCACACCAAGUCGUCAGAUCUGGGCGGGCGUCUGUCGGGUCUGUUGGAACGCUACCAGCAGUACCAGGACGAGGCUGUGUCGCUCCACACCUGGCUCAGCGCCCAGGAGCAGAACCAGAGUAUAGCCGGACCCAGCGGAGAGACCGACACACAGACACUACAGAACACACUGCGGGCCGUACAGCUGUUACAGGAUGAGCUGGCGGAGCGGUCAGUCCAGUUGGAGAAGGUGAGGAGGGCAGGCAGAGAGCUGGCUAACACACAGGAGUCCCCCACUCUCAGAGCUGCCGAGAUCAUCAGCACUGCAGAUGGUCUGGAGAAGAGGUUCAGCUCGCUGUCUGAGUCCGUGUCCGAGCGGGCUGAGCAGCUCCAGACGUCCGUAGCCCAGUCGGUCAGUGUCCAAGAGGGGCUGAAGGGCCUGCUAGCCUGGCUGGAUGGCCUACUGCUGACCCCCGGGCCCGUCCAACCCACCGCACAGGCUGUCCAGGAUGCCCUCACACAGAAUCAGAAACUACGCCAGGAGCUGUUAUCCAGACAGGGCAGUGUGGAGGCCACCUGCGACUCUGUCUCCAAACUGCUCCAGAGCUCUGACGCCUCCACGGCCUCCGGGCUCCAGGGGUCACUAGAGAGCCUGACCCGGCACUACGCCGCGGCACAGGCCAAGCAGGCCGAGAGGGAGGCUGAGCUCCGGGGGCUCCUGCCCAAGCUGGAGAACUAUGAGAGACUGAAUACGGACUUGCAGGGUUUUACUCAGACCAGGCUGAGAGCUCUGAGCCCCGCAGGACAGCCUGACCGCAGUGUGGAGGACUACAGACAGACCAUUGAGGAGGUGAGAGCGGAGCAGGAGCAGGAGGCAGGUCAACUGAAGUCAUUCUGCCAGCUGGGGACAGACCUCAGCCAAGCCAAGGCCCUGACCAGCACACAGACCCUACUGGACAAAGUCAGAGAGGUGUCCGAUGAGUUCGCCCGACUGGAAUCCAACAUCACUGAAAGGUACAACGCCACCCAGAGUUGUGAGCAGCGGUUGGGCCAUUUCCGCUCUCUCUCUGGCUCCCUCCUCAGGUGGCUCCGCACAACACAGGAGCAGCUGCCUCCCAAAGAGCCCAACCUCAGCACAGAGGCCCUGCAGAGGAGAGUGCAGCAGCUCAAGGACUUACUGAGUGACUGGGAGGCCCAGGGGGUUCGGGUUCAGGAGCUGAACAAGACUGGAUCAGAACUGGAGACCCUCAUCAUCAACAUCACAGCCCCCCAGGCCAAGACAGGUAAGAGGAAUGGGGAAAAAACUGCCUGUGUGCGUCCCCUGCUGCCUGCAUGUCCAAAUAGCCCCAGCAGGGUUAAUGGCAUUCACACAUGCAAAGACCUGACAGAGAUGCAGGUGGCGGUGGCGGAAGUGAACGGUCGUUACGAGGAGCUGGGAGGGGAACUGAAGAACAGACGGGGGCACCAGGAGGCUUCUCUGGAGCUCAGACAGAAGGCCAGCCAGGGUACCGAGGAGCUCAGCCGCUGGCUGGGAGACCGGGAGAACAGCCUGCACCUGGGCCAGACCACCACCUCCCCCUCCAAACCGGAGUUGGUACGCGCCCAGGCCCAGGAGAACAAGGCCUUACUGUCUGAGCUGGCAGAGCAUUCUGGGAAGGUGAAGGAGCUGAAGAGCACCCUGGAGAAGCUGAUAGCAGACAACCCAGACUCCCCAGAGGCAGACACCUGGAGACAACAAAUGAAGGAGAUCGACUCCCGCUGGGAAAAGGCCAAUGAGACGGCAGUACAGAGACAGACGGAACUGGAGACCUGUGCUGAUAGGCUGGGCAGCUUUGCCACAGCAGCCAGUCAGUUGGGUCCAUGGCUCAGAGAGAAGGAGCUGAUGAUGAGUGUGCUGGGACCCCUGAGCAUCGACCCCAACAUGCUGAACACCCAGAAACAACAAGUACAGUUCAUGCUGCGUGAGUUUGAGACCCGCCGGCCCCAGUUCGACCAACUCACCCAGGCGGCCGAGGGCAUCCUUUCCCCGUCUGGUGGCGACUCCUCCCCGCAGGAUGCCAAGGACCUAGCGGAGGUCCGAUCCGAGCUGGGCUCCAUCUCUCAGCAGUGGGACGACCUCACUCAACGUCUGUCCCGGCGCUCGGAGCACAUCGACCAGGCCCAGGGCACCAGCGAGCGAUACCAGGCCCUGCUGAAGGACCUUUCGGUUAGCGUGGGGGCGCUAGGCGAGCGGCUGGACGGCCAGGCUUCGCUCAGUGCCCAGCCCGAGGCCCUGAAACAGCGCCUGCAGGAGACAGGCGAGAUCCGCUCUGAGCUGGAGCAGAGGAGGGAUGAGCUGGGCGAGGCGGAGAAGCUGUGCGGCGAGCUGAGCGCCAUCGUGGUUGAACCUUACCUGAGAGACGAGCUGAAGAAGAGGCUGGAGAGCGUGAGCAGCCCGCUGAGGAGCCUGGAGGAGAGGGCCACUGACGGUCUAUCCCAGCUCCAAGCCGCUCUCUCAAGCACCCAGCAGUUCCAGCAGAUGUUCGAGGAGCUGCGGAGCUGGCUGGACAACCAGGGUGGUCAAAGAGACUCUACCGCCGACUCCCUCCCCUGCCAGCCCGAGGCUAUCCGGACCCUGUUUGCCCAGCAAGACGAGCUUCAUCGUGGGGUGGCCAGCCAACGUGGCCCCUACGAGCUCAUCCAGGCCGAGGGGUCCUCCCUGCUCGCCAAGCUACCCGCCGGCGGCGAAGAACGAUCAGCCUUACAGUCCCGGCUCGCCACCCUACGCCAGGACUGGGAUGAGCUUAAUCAGUGCAUCGUGGAACGCCAGAUCCGGCUGAAAACCGCUCUGACCAAGGCCGAGAGUUACCAGCAGCACCACGCCAAGCUCAAGCCCUGGGUGACAGAGUGCGAGAAGCGGGAAGCUGACAUCCAGCCCUCCCUCGACCCUGCGGCCCUGGACGAGGCCUUGCAGAAGGCCAGGCAGCUGGGGUUAGACCUGGAGCACCAUCGCCCACUCCUGGAUGAUUUAAACACCGCAGCCGACCAACUCCUGGAACACUGCCGCGUCGGAGAAGAAGACAUACGUGACGAAAAAGCCCAACUCAACCGUAGAGUCGACGGGCUGGCAGAAAAACUCCAGAACUGUGUUUCCCAGCUGGAAGAGUUAGCGGGUCGACUUAAGGAGUUUGAGGACGGGCGGCAGACGGUGGAGAGGAGGCUGGAGGCGGCGCGGCAUCAGAUCGAGGUGCAGGAGGCGCUGGGCCCACAGGCGUGCAGCAACAAGAGCCUGGAGCGGCUGAGGAGCCAGCAGGAGACGCUGCACUCGCUGCAGCCACAGGUGGCCUACCUGAGGGAUCUGGCCCAGGGGCUGGUGCAGGACGCACCCCACACAGCAGGGGGGGGCGGAGAGGGAGGACAGAGGCUGGAGCAGCAGGCCCGAGACACGGACAGAGAGUUUGGAGACGUCAGCGAAAAGAUUGAAAAGUGCUGUUCCACCCUGGAGUCCCGUCUCCAGGGUGUGGGGGAAGUCCAGUCCUCGGUACGCGACCUCUUCUCCCGCCUGGCCGACCUGGACGACGAGCUGGACUCGCUGAGCCCUGUGGGGCGCGAUGCCGACUCGCUCGCCUCGCAGGCGGACGCCGUCCGCACUUUCCUGGCUCGCCUGGCCACGUUGAGGUUGGAGCUCGAAGGUCACGGGGGCGACUGCACCGCCAUGCUCCGCCGAGAGGGGUCGUCUCCCGAUCUCCUCGCCCUGAGGAGAGAGACGGAGGCCCUGAGCCGCCAGGCUGGGAAGCUGGCCGAGAGGGGCCAGGCCAGACUGGAGCAGAUCGAGGCAGCUGCCGAGAAGGUGGGAGAAUUCUACGCCCAGGUGGCGGCGCUUCAAGGGCUACUGGGACGGGCAGAGGAAGGGCUGAACUCGCAGGGCGUGGUGGGGACGGAGGUGGACACCAUCAAGCAGCAGCUGCACGAGUUCAAGGCGGUGGAGAGGGAGCAGGUGGACAGCAUUCAACCCAAGCUGCAGCGCGUGAACGCGGUGGGCCAGGGCCUGAUCCAGAGUGCAGCCAAACACACAGACACCCAGGCUCUGGAGCACGACCUAGAGACCACCAACCUCAGAUGGAACUCCCUCAACAAGAGGAUUGCAGAGCGCAUCGCCCAGUUGCAGGAAGCUCUGUUGCAUUGUGGGAAGUUCCAGGAUGCCCUGGAGCCUCUUCUGAGCUGGCUGAGUGACACGGAGGAACUGGUAGCCAAUCAGAAGCCCCCGUCAGCCGAGUACAGAGUGGUCAAGGCCCAGAUCCAGGAACAGAAGCUGUUACAAAGACUGCUGGACGACCGCAGAGCCACUGUUCAGAUGAUCCAGGGAGAGGGGGAGAGGAUCGCAGCCACGGCCGAGACACAGGACAGAGACAAGAUCCAGAAGCAGCUGGAGAGUCUGGGGGAGAGAUGGGGCGAGCUGCUGGAGAAAGCCAGGGCAAGGCAGUGCCAGUUGGAGGAGCUGCAGGCGCUGGCACUUCAGUUCCACGAGGCGGUGGAGCCUCUUGGAGAGUGGCUGAGUGCCACCGAGCGACGCCUGAGCACCGCCGAGCCCAUGGGAACCCAGACUUCCAAGAUCACCCAGCAGAUUACAAAACACAAGUCUCUGAAUGAAGAGAUAGUGAGCAGGAAGAAGCAGGUUGACCAGGCCAUCAAGAACGGACAAGCCCUGCUCAAGCAAACCACCGGUGAGGAAGUUCUCCUGAUCCAGGAGAAGCUGGACGGUAUCAAGUCUCGCUACGCUGAGAUGACGGGCGGCAGUAGCAAAGCCCUCCGCAUCCUGGAGCAGGCCCUGCAGCUGAGCAUACGAUUCGCCAGCGCCCACGACGACCUCAACCAAUGGUUAGACAAGGUGGAGGCGGAGCUCAACGUAAUGGAGCUGGACGCAACGCCAGCCUAUCAGGACAGACAGAAGGAGCUGAAGUGUGUGUCGGCGGAGAAGCGUCUGGUUUUGGACACGGUCAACGAGAUGGGCAGUGCCCUCUUAGACCUGGUGCCCUGGCGUGCCCGCGAGGGCCUAGACCGCCUGGUGGCUGACGCCAACCAGCGCUACCGAACGGCGGACGAGACCAUCACCCAGCGGGUACAGCUGGUACAGGCUGCCGUCCAGAGGUCACAACAGUAUGAGGAGGCGGUGGACGCGGAGCUGACCUGGGCUGGGGAGACGGAGAGGAAGCUAUCCUCCCUGGGUCCUCUGAGUCUGGAGCCUGACGUCACCGUGGCCCAGCUACAGGUCCAGAGGGCCUUCAAUAUCGACAUCAUCCGACACAAAGACACCGUGGACCAGCUACUCCACACCAGGGACGACAUCCUGGAGACGUGCAGCGACCAGCAGAGAGACGCUCUGAUGGUGAAGACUGACUCGCUAUCUGCCCGCUACGAAGUGGUGAGCCAGCGGCACCAGGAGCGUUUCUCAGCCCUGGAGCAGGCCCAGGUCCUGGUGGCCCGCUUCUGGGAGACCCAGGAGGAGCUGGAGCCCUGGCUGGGGGAGACUGAGACCCUUAUAGCCCAGCUGCCCCCACCCGCCAUCGACACCGAGGCCCUGCGACUACAACAGGAGCAGAUGAGGCUCUUGAGGGAGUCCAUAGCGGAGCACAAGCCCCACAUCGACAAGCUGCUGAAGAUCGGCCCCCAGCUGGCCGUUCUGAGUCACCAGGAGGGGGCCACGGUGAGGCAGCGCUACAGCGACGCCGAGAAACGCUACGCGGCCAUCAAGGAGGAGGUCAAGGGUCACGCCGCCACCCUGGAUGAGGCUAUGUCUCAGUCUGCGCAGUUCCAUGACAAGAUGGACCCCCUGUUGGAGACCUUGGAAGGGGCUGUGCAGCGCCUCCGCUCCCCUUCUCCCGUGGCGGCGGAGGCGGAUAAGAUCCGGGAGCAGCUGGCUGAGCACAAGGCAACCGGGCUGGAACUGGACAAACUGCUGCCCUCCUUCUCUGCCCUGUGUGCCCGCGGCGAGGAGCUCAUCAGUAGAGCAGCCCACGACGAUCCUGCCGCUGAAGCCGUGCAUUCCCGUCUCCUGCGUCUGCGCUCCCUGUGGGAUGAGAUCCGGCAGAGGGCUGAGGAGCGGGAGGGGAAGCUGACGGACGUCUUGGACCUGGCUGGGAAGUUCUGGGCCGACAUGGCAGCGCUACUGAGCACGCUCCGUGACUCGCAGGACAUCGUCAGGGAGCUGGAGGACCCCGGGGUGGACCCCUCACUCAUCAAACAGCAGAUAGAGGCGGCAGAGGCCAUCAAGGCCGAGACAGAUGGGCUGAGGGAGGAGCUGGAGUUUGUACGAACCCUUGGGGCUGAACUCAUCUUUGCCUGCGGAGAAACAGAGAAGCCUGAGGUCAAGAAGACCAUUGACGAGAUGAAUGCCGCCUGGGAAGGCCUGAACCGGACGUGGAGAGAGAGGAUGGAGAGGUUGGAGGAGGCCAUGACUGCUUCUGUGCAGUACCAGGAUGCGUUGCAGGGCAUGUUUGACUACCUGGACAACACAGUGAUCAAGCUCUGUGACAUGUCCACUGUGGGCACUGAUCUGGGAACUGUCAAACAGCAGAUUGAAGAGCUCAAGCAGUACAAGGUGGAGGUGUACCAGCAGCAGAUAGACAUGGAGAAGCUGUGCCACCAGGGGGAGCUGCUGCUCAAGAAAGUCUCGGACCAGAACGACAGAGACAUGAUCCAGGAGCCCCUCACGGAGCUCCGACACCUCUGGGACAACCUGGGGGACAAGAUCAUUCACAGACAGCAUAAGUUGGAAGGUGCUCUCCUGGCUCUAGGUCAGUUCCAGCAUGCCUUGUCUGAGCUGCAGUCCUGGCUGAGUCACACCCACGCCACCCUGGACACACAGAGACCCAUCAACUCUGACCCCAAGGCCAUCGAGAUAGAACUGGCCAGACACCACGUGCUGAGGAACGACGUGCUGUCCCAUCGCUCCACGGUGGAGACGGUGAACGCGGCAGGGGCUGAGCUGCUGGAGUCCAGUCCCGGGGAGGAGGCCAACCACCUCCGCGACCAGCUGGACCACCUCAACCACGGCUGGGAGAACCUGCUACUCAAGACCCAGGACCGGCAGAAACUACUGGAGGCCGCACUGCAUAAGGCGGAGGGUUUCCAUGGUGAGCUGGAGGAGUUCCUGCAGUGGCUGAGGAGGACAGAGAGCCAGCUGUCUGCAGCCAAACCCACAGGUGGCCUGCCUGAGACCGCCCGGGAGCAGCUGCAGCAGCACCUGGAGCUUCAGACCCAGUUGACCCAGCGCGCUGAGCAGUACAACCGGCUGCUGGACGCGGGAGAGUCCAUGUUGCUGUCCCGCGGGGGGGAGGAGGGCGGCCCCGGGGCUGGCACGACCCAGACCCAACAGAACCUGGCCCUGCUGCAGAACAAGUGGGCCAGCCUGAACACCAAGAUGGAUGACCGCAGGGCGAAGCUGGACGAAGCGGUGUCGCUGGCCACAGGGUUCCAGUCCUCCCUCCAGGACACCAUCAACUGGCUGACCCAGGCUGAGCAGACCCUCAACAUGGCUCAGGCCCCCUCCCUCAUCCUGGACACCGUCCUCUUCCAGAUAGACGAACACAAGGUGUUUGUGAAUGAGGUGAACACCCACAGGGAGCAGGUUUUGGCUCUGGAGAAGGCCGGCUCUCAGCUGCGUUUCGCCAGUCUGAAGCAGGAUGUGGUUCUGAUCAAGAACCUUCUGCUGAGUGUUCAGGCCCGCUGGGAUAAGCUGGUGCAGAGGUCCCUGGACCGUGGCAGACACCUCGACGAAGCCCGCAAGAGGGCCAAGCAGUUCCAUGAGGCUUGGAGGAAACUGUCAGACUGGCUGGAGGAGGCUGAGAGCCGCCUAGACUCGGAGCUGGAGAUCUCCAACGAGCCAGACAAGAUCAAAGUACAACUGACCAAACACAAGGAGUUUCAGAAGGCUCUGGGCUCUAAGCAGCCGGUGUAUGACACCACAGUGAGGUCUGGUAAGGCCAUGAGGGACAAGGCCACGCUGCCCGAAGACACCCAGAAACUAGACCACCUACUGGGGGAGGUCAGGGACAAGUGGGACACAGUCUGUGGGAAGAGUGUUGAGAGGCAACACAAGCUAGAGGAGGCCCUGCUGUUCUCAGGUCAGUUUGCUGAGGCCCUGCAGGCCCUGGUGGACUGGCUGUACCGUGUAGAACCCCAGCUGGCUGAAGACCUGCCAGUCCACGGAGACCUGGACCUGGUCUCCAACCUCAUGGACUCACACAAGGCCUUCCAGAAGGAGUUGGGGAAGAGGACCACUAGUGUCCACGCCCUGAAGCGCUCAGCCAGAGAACUGAUGGAGACGGGCCGCGACGACACCGCCUGGGUCAAAGUUCAACUGCAAGAGCUCAGCAACCGCUGGGACACAGUCUGUGCCCUGUCCGUCACCAAGCAGACCCGUCUCCAGCAGGCCCUCAAACAGGCGGAGGAGUUCCGCACGGCGGUGCAGCUGCUGCUGGAGUGGCUGUCCGAGGCAGAGCAGACGCUGCGGUUCCGCGGCGUGCUGCCCGAGGAGGCGGAGACUCUGCAGACGCUGCUCCACACCCACCGGAACUUCAUGGCCACGGUGGAGGAGAAGAGGACCGACGUGAACCGGGCAGCGGGCCAGGGCGAGGCCAUUCUCACCACGUGCCACGCCGACUGCAUCACCACCAUCAAACACUGGAUUACCAUUGUCCGCUCCCGCUUUGAAGAGGUCCUCACAUGGGCCAAACAGCACGAGCAGCGUCUGGAGACUGCUCUGACAGAGCUGCUCAACAACGCCACGCUAUUGGAGGAGCUGUUGUCAUGGCUGCAGUGGGCGGAGACCACCCUAGUCCAACGUGACGGAGAGACCCUUCCACAGGACAUCCCUCAGCUCAAAACACUCAUCACAGAACACCAGGUGUUUAUGGAGGAGAUGACCCGGAAGCAGCCUGACGUGGACAAAGUGACCAAGACUUACAAGAGGAAACCAACAGAGCCCCCUAGCAGCCUAGCUGAGAGGAGAGGAGCUCGUAAAAACCAGCAGCAACAACAGCAUCAACAACAGGCGGCGAUGCAAGUCGCCGGGGGAAACCCCCGCUUGACCCAGCUAUGCUCAAGGUGGCAGCAGGUGUGGCUGCUUGCCCUCGACCGCCAGCGGAAGCUCAACGACGCCCUCGACAGGCUUGAAGAGCUUUGUCCCCAGCUGAAAGAGUUUGCCAGCUUUGACUUUGACGUGUGGAGGAAGAAGUACAUGCGCUGGAUGAACCACAAGAAGUCGCGCGUCAUGGACUUCUUCAGACGCAUCGACAAGGACCAGGACGGAAAGAUCACUCGCCAGGAGUUCAUCGACGGCAUCCUGGCCUCAAAGUUCCCCACCAGCAGGUUGGAGAUGACGGCGGUGGCAGACAUCUUUGACCAGGACGGAGAUGGUUACAUCGACUACUACGAGUUUGUGGCGGCGCUGCACCCCAACAAGGACGCCUACCGGCCCACCACCGACGCUGACAAGAUAGAAGACGAGGUGACCAGACAGGUGGCACAGUGUAAAUGUGCCAAGAGGUUCCAGGUGGAGCAGAUAGGAGAGAACAAGUACAGAUUCUUCCUUGGAAACCAGUUUGGUGACUCGCAGCAGUUGCGGUUGGUGCGUAUCCUGCGCAGUACGGUCAUGGUGCGGGUCGGAGGGGGCUGGAUGGCCCUGGACGAGUUCCUGGUCAAGAACGAUCCCUGCAGAGCCCGAGGCCGUACCAACCUGGAGCUGCGUGAGAAGUUCAUCCUUCCGGAGGGUGCUUCCCACGGCCUGGCGGCGUUCCGCUCCCGAGGCCGGCGCUCCAAACCCGGCUCCCGCACGGCCUCGCCCACCCGCUCCUCCUCCUCGGCCUCGCACAGCGCUCAUAGCUGCGCAUCCUUGCCCUCUGCUCCCGCCACCCCCACCGCCUCCUCUAGGGUAAUAUCAGCGUCGGGGUCCAAGCUGAAGAGGCCCACCUUCCACUCCAGCCGAGGGUCUCUGACUGGAGAGAAUGGAGGAGCUACACCCAUUUCUACUAAACCUGGACGUACCGACCCCAAGCGUACCCCAUCGGGUGCCAGUGGUCCGGUCAGCAGGGCGGGCAGCCGAGCGGGCAGCAGGGCAAGUAGCCGGCGGGGCAGUGACGCUUCGGAUGCCUCUGAGCUCCUGGAGACUCGCUCGGCCUGCUCGGACGCCUCGGACACCCCCCGGCGCCCAGGAGCGGCCAAGCCCUCCAAGAUCCCUACCAUCUCCAAGAAGGCCCCAAGCCCCAAGACACCCGCUUCUGGGAAGAAAUAGUGAAGGAGAUGUCAAAAAGACGUCAUAAAAAUGUCAUACAGCCAACCAUAGAGUCGUCAACAUAACAGUGUCAUACAUCUAACUAUCGGGCUGGUUUGACUCCAAGGGCUUCCCCAGCCCCCCAAAACACCAGCCAUGUUGAAAUAGGGAAGAUGUCCAGACUAUAGAAUUAGAUCAAGUAGAACGCACCAUCUCCUUUUCAAAGAGACGCUCUAUAGUGAACAGACUACUGGCGGCCAUAUUGGGUGUCACAUUUGAUCCAAACGUCCAUCCAUAGGGCUUGCAUGGGAUUCAUGCACCAAGACUACUGUAUGAAGGGCAGGGAGAGAGAGGGAUAGAUAGGGGAAGAUAUCUCUCUUUUCCUCCCUCGUUCACACACUCGGGAAAAAAAACUCACUGGGGGUGUCGGGUUCGUGCACUUAGACGGAACAGAACUUUCCCCUUUUAAAACCCAGAUCCCAGUUUGCCUUCCAGUCUCCUGUGUGCUCUGUCUCGUAACGGGAUUGUGCUAGACUGUUGUAGAGAAAGCCACAGCAAUUUGAACCGACAACCAACCAACAUAAUGCUGCCUUACAGUGUUACACAUUUCUGUCCUUUUACCUAACCCGAGUUCCAGAGAACGUUAGGUAGAGCCUUGUAACUACUUUGUGUAUGUACACACUGACACGCACAGAACUGAAGUACACACACACACAUUGAGGGGAGAGAUUAAAUGACUCAGAACUUCCUGGAGAAUGGCAUUCAAAAGAACUGGAUUGUGGGUAUUGUGGACAUUUUUUUUCUCUCACCAUGAGUUCAACUGAAAAUAUGCAAUGAUUGCUGUCUUGUUUUUUUUUCCUCCCCUGGACUGGGAAGUGAAGCGGAAUGACACUUCAGCAUGUCUGUGGGUCGGGAACAUCUAGACUAGCGUGAAUCUACUGUUCAGUGUCUGGGCGGCGCCACUCUGACCACUUCCUGCACUGAGCUAACUGCCUAAACCUCAAGCCCAGGAGACCGUGGAAGUGGCGGGAAACACACUGCAAUGUCUUCACAAACCACUGCAACAUUGGAAGUGUGUUUAAAGGUGUGAGUGUGUGUUUGAUGGAAUGGAGGGUUUCUCAUGUUGUCCUAUAAUACUGUAUGAAACCUGUGUGUCUGAGAAGAAAAGCACUAUUUCUUGGUGGGACCCCACUAACAGCAAAAACAUGACAGUGUGAAACAAUGUAGUGGAUUGUAAGGACACACAAUUUAAGCGACUAUAAUUCUACGAUUAGAGAUUGAAGACCAGCACACACUGACGGUGUAUCGCUGUAAUUCCACAUUGCCCCUCCCCCUACGUUGCCGCUGGAAACCCCAUAGCCGCAAACACACAUCUUUGUAUACGUGUGUCGUCUUCACCGUGUUACAGGAAUCAAAGGUCAUCGACUUGCGUCACCGUAUGCAAAGAUUUCAUUUGUGAAUGUCUUUCAUUCUGGUUCAUUUAUAAUCCUGUUGUAUUUGUUUUUAGUUUUGCUUUUGUAGUUUAAGAAAACAUUUUUUUAUUUUUUUCAGUUCCGUAUCAUCACCUUGGAGAAUGAUUAGUAUUAAUAUAAUGAAAUCAUGAUCUUCUGUACCAAGGAAAAUGUCUGCUCCUCUCUUCAACGUUGUAUGUUAUUACUUCUUAACUUUACUCAACUAGGAAGCUGACUUGAUUUCCAUGGCAGCCUUUUUUGCUAAUGACUACAACUCCCUGAACAUGACCAAAGGGGGUUGCCUUUAUUGUGUUGACAAAAGAACUACAAAUAUGGAUGACAGGGAACCGAACCCCCAGUGUCCCUCCUUACAGGCGUUUGAAUUGUCAUGUCUUUGAUGGCUGCAAAUGUGCUCCCCUAUUUCUUAAUGUGAGAGCUAAAGUAUAUGAAAACUUAAUGAACGCAAAUGUCAUCUUGAGGUGAUUUUAUUUAUUUAUUGUCUCUUUGGGGGCGGGGAUCCGGGGACGCCGACGAGGAACCCACCUUUUGAUGCGGUGUUAUUCUCUGUGAUGAAGAGAAAAUAUGUCGGUGUGAGGGGGGGGUUAGAAGUCAAUUGUGUAAAAUAAAAAAGCUAAGAUUAUAAACCAUUUUUGUUCUCUUUUUGUAUUAAAAAUAUGCUUGCAGUAAAAAAAAAUGUCAUUUGUCAUUGUAUUGAUUUUUUUUAUUUCAUUCGGGGGCAAAAGUGUGUUUACGUACAGUGCCUUCAGAAAGUAUUC